AGAAGACCACCAUGUGAUAUGGAGAUGCACAGGCGUACCACCAACAAACGCCGAGAUUCUAUUGGGGACGACAUCCUGGCUCCAAGCAAGGAACCACUGUUGGAGAAUGGCCAAGCGAGUGGGGAUGGCCACCACAAUGAUAGAGAAUACGCUGGCAGUGUGCUGGAAGAGUGGCGUAGCAUUGCACUCCUGCUGUUUCUGUACGUGCUCCAAGGUGUCCCACUUGGCCUCGCAUCCGCUAUGCCACUGUUACUUCAGAACAGACGCAUCAGCUACAAGGAACAAGCCCUGUUCAGCUUAGCAGCAUGGCCCUUCAGUGUCAAGCUCCUGUGGGCCCCCAUUGUGGACUCUCUGUACUCCAGUCGCUUUGGCCGGCGCAAGUCAUGGCUGGUGCCUGCCCAGUACGCCAUUGGUUUGUCGUUCUUCUGGCUGUCAUCGCACAUGAGUUUUCUGCUGGGUGAAGGUGAAGGAAGCAGCAAGACAGAGCCCAGUGUUCUUAUGCUGACCUUAGUCUUCUUUUCACUAAACUUCCUGGCGGCUACUCAGGACAUUGCUGUCGAUGGCUGGGCCCUCACAAUGCUCUCACGGCGGCACGUAGGAUAUGCCUCCACGUGCAACUCUGUGGGGCAAACGGUCGGAUACAUCAUGGGAAACGUUGUAUUUUUGGCUCUCGAGUCUGCAGACUUUUGCAACCGCUAUCUAAGGUCCACUCCCCAACAAGAUGGCAUCGUCACUCUUGAUGGGUUCCUGAACUUCUGGGGGAUCGUGUUCAUGUUGACGACGACCAUGGUGGCCCUACUGAAACACGAGCAAAGCACAGUAACCAGUGACGAGGAUGGCCGGUCUGAUCUGGGAAUUUUUCAGGCGUACAAGAUGGCACUGCGCAUCUUUCAGCUUCCCAGUGUCCGCACCUUAUGCAUCUUUUUAAUCACUGCCAAGGUGAACGCCGUUUCUCUCGCAUGUUGGUUUGCAGCGGCUGACAACGUGACGGGGAUGAAGCUUCUAGAGGCUGGCAUGCGCCGCGAAAACUUGGCCCUGCUGGCUAUACCAGUGGCGCCCAUUCAGAUCCUGUUGCCAGUGAUCAUAAGCAAGCACACUGGUGGCAACAGGCCACUCAACGUGUAUUUCAAGGCCUAUCCAUAUAGGUUGCUCCUUGGAUUGGUGUUCAUGGUUCUUGUCCACUGGACGUAUCAUGUCAAGAAUCCAGAUGGAACAUUCCCCCUCUACUACUAUGUAGCCAUUGUUCUCGUCUAUGCUGUGUACCAGGUGACCCUGUACAGCAGUUUUGUGUCUUCGGUGGCAUUCUGUGCAAGGGUGAGUGACCCAGCUGUUGGGGGAACCUACAUGACCCUGCUCAACACCGUCAGCAACCUAGGCAGCAGCUGGCCUGCGACAGUGGCACUGUGGAUGGUGGACAGCUUCACUUUCAAACGCUGCGUUGGUGCCUCUGAAGCGUGGCUCUACUGUUCUUCAAAGGAAGACAAGAAUAUAUGCAGCAGCCAAAAAGGCACCUGCGAGACUACAAUAGACGGCUACAACAUAGAAAUGGUGUUCUGCAUUGCGCUCGGUUUCCUGUGGCUGCUGUAUGCACGGCGAAAGGCUAACUGGCUGCAGUCCUUGCCACAGUCCGCGUGGAAGUGCACUUAAUCACAGUGCAGGUACUAAGGCUACCACAAAUAAGUCAUCCAGAAACUUCAAUGACAAGCCCUUGGAGCUUACUGCCAUGUCUUUCAUUUACUCUUACGCUCUAGUCAUUGUGCAAAGAUGCGUCUUUGUUGUAGACGCAUCUGUACAUUUUUUACAUCAGAAACUUUUUUUCAGAUGCGUUUGUGGAAAGUACAUCUCGUACUCUGUAUGAAAGUGGGCGCAUGUAUUUUGUUAUCGUUUUAAGUAUAGGGGUGUAACCUUCUGUGUAUACUGUCAAUUGAAAAAUAUAAUAAAAUACUCUGAAAUUCACACUCAAGGAUUACCAUGGUUAUGACAACUUUGAGCAUUAGAAAAUAUGAGUAUGGAUAGUCGUUAAAUUAAAAAAAUAUUUCUGGUAGAACUACCAGCUGACAGUAAUGUGAUUCGUUAUAACCUAUGCCAGUGGUUCUCAAACGGGGGUCCGCGAAUGCAUUUGUAUGAUCUGCGAAACCCCCAGCUGCAUUUUUUUAAAGCGUGAUUGUGCCAGGUAUGUGGCACGUUUGUAUGAUGUUUUUGCUAGCAAUAAAAUGCACCUGUUUCCCGCUCCA